AUGUCUCUCAAACAGCUGUACAACGAUGCGAGGAACCCUCCCGCCGACCCUACACAUCUCUCUUUCAAGAACAAGACGGUACUUGUCUUACUUCCCAAGCUACGCGAAACCGCCGCCACUGGCGUCACACCACAACUAUGCUUUGUCAACAGCCAAUCGUCGCACCUAGUCAAACUAGACCGGCUGCCGACCAACCAGACGCUAAUCGAGCGCCUCGAUGACAAGUCCCAAUUCGACAGCGCUACACAAACCGACCAGGGCCGCGAUUUCCUCCUCGGGGUACGGAUUUUCAUGGGCGGUUUCCAGUCUAUCUUUGCUAGAAGUGCUGAGCAGGGAAGUAGGUCACUGGUAAGCGCUACUGGCCUCGGUGUAGAAAACAACGGCAAGUUUUGGGCAAAUGACGGAUAUCUUGAGCCAGGCGGAGUUUUGGCGACCGCGCGUGGGGAGGAACUAUACCAGGAGACAUGGAAUGAGAUUCUAUCCAUCAUCGGCAAACACAUCACUCCUGAUGAGGGUGAGUGCUAG